CAAAACUUUUCUGUCACUCAUUGCAACGCUAUUGGUGCCUACUCUCGUCCCUCGUUUGUGUUCUUCUGCUCCCCCCAUGGCAGCAAACUAUGCUACCGUCAAUAACACACAGACCUCGCCCUACGGUUCUGGUGACCCUUACUACAACGAAUCUACAGGCUAUGUCACCCCGCAGCGUCCGCCAGUAAAGAAAACCAGCAGCUGGAUCAAGUUUGGCAUACCCGUGGCGAUAGUCGUCAUCGUCGGCGUUGUCGUCGGCGCCGUCCUUGGGACCCGUGCUGCCAACAAGAACGCAAGCGAGAGCGCAGCCGGCAGCUCCGCUGCUGCAACCUCGGCCAUCGGUGCCAAGAACAACCUGGGCAUCUUUCCAAUGGGCACGGAUAGCCUGUACAUGCUGCCAUUAUACCCCGCUACUACCAAUACCGCAGCGUUCACGACGCCCACCUUCGUGUCGACGAACAACGCAAACUAUGCCUGGCCUCAGGAUCCUUUCCAACCCUCUAAUCCAAAUCCCACCCAAGUCCGCUCAGACAGACCUCGUCUCAUCGCUCCCUCUUACAAGUGGGCCGUUCUCCCACAAUUAAUUGCCAAUGAUCCGUACAUGGCAUCCUGGAACAACUCUAUUUUCGGAAACGCUUCAACUUAUAACGCCUUGCCUCCCGUCGCCUACUACCUUGAUGGUGGUAACGGUAUCCUGGACGUCGCCCGUCAAAUCAAACAACGUGUCAAAGCAUUCUCUUAUGUCUAUCGAAUGACCAACGACACCAAGUGGGUCGACAGAACGUGGACUGAACUUCAGAAUGCUGCAGGUAAUCUCACGGGUGGUUGGGGACCAGACAACAGCACCAAAUGGAACCCUAGCCACUUUCUCGACACUGCUGAGCUCACAGCAGCCUAUGCCAUUGCAUACGACUGGUUGUACGACCAGUGGACCUCCGAUCAGAAGGCAUCUAUCAUCUGGACGAUGAUCGAAUACGGCCUCAACAACGGCGUCACCUGUUAUAGCAGUAACGACCCAUUGUACUACGGUUGGUGGACAAAUAACACGAUGGGGAACUGGAACUGUGUCUGCAAUAACGGUUUGACCAUGGGAGCCCUUGCCAUCCUAGGCGACGAUACUUCUGGUAUCGCUCAACAACUCUUAGGCAUGACCGUUUCGAACGCUGUUCAGAACUGUGCCUUGGCCCCCUCCAGUGACGGUACUUGGUCUGAAACGUCCGACUAUUGGUACUUUGGUACAACUGGUCACGUGGAGCUGUCGGCUUCCCUUCUUUCCGCUACGGGGUCCUCAUACGAUUUGCUGGAUGUUAACCCAGGCCUUAAUCUCAGCAGUCUCUUCCACAUGUAUGGCACCGGCCCAGGAUCGCUGUUCAAUUACGGUGAUACUGGUCCAAACAAGUUCACCGCCACGGCCAACGGCCUGUUCUUUUACGGCGGGUACUACAACCAGCCAGCUUACCAGCUCUUCCAGCGUGAUCAGGCAGAUGCCCCAGAUCCAUGGACCAUGUUCUGGUACGAUCCCACCGUUACCGGCGCUUUCUGGGAUGGCCUCGCUCUUGACCACUUCUUUAAUAACAACACCGAUCAGUGGGGAUCUAUGCGUUCAAGUUGGACAGAUGAGAACGCGCUAUUCGUAGCCAUCAAGGCUGGCACGCUGCAAGGUCACCAAACUCAUAAUGACCUCGACUGUGGUGAUUUUGUUAUGGAUGCCUUGGGUACCCGCUGGUUCGGGGAACUCGGUGAUGGGGAUUACCUUUCUUAUGGCUACUUCGAAAGUGAUGCACAAGACAGUCCGCGAUGGCUGUAUUAUCGCAAGAGGACGGAGGGACAGAACACUAUUCUCGUUGGUGGCGAGAAUCAGAACGUGCUUGCUGCACCCACGAUCCAGUACGAUUCAUCCGGUACUGCCCAAGGGUCCAGCACAGUUUUCAAUGUUCCAAGCGGCUCGAAUGCGUACUUCAUUGGUGACCUUGCGAGUGCCUAUUUCAAUGUGACAUCUUUCUCUCGCGGAAUCCGCCUUCUUAACUCGCGCACCCAGGUUCUCCUGCAGGAUGAAAUCAAUGCACAAGCGUCCGUGAUGUGGAGGGCGCACACGAAUGCUACAGUGUCCAUCGGCAAUAAUGGUCUAACUGCGACGCUUACCAUCGACACGCGGACCUUACAUGUUGAUCUUUUGAAUGCACCUUCUGGUGCUCAGUUCUCCACCAUGGACGCUGUUCGCUUGAGUACGGAUCCGGCUACUCCUUCUGGUAGCCCCGACCAGCCCAACCCAGGUGUCACUGUCCUUGUGAUUAGUUUGCCGGCUGGAACGUACACGCUCGAAGUUCUUAUGACGCCACAGUGGCCAGGAGUGUCUUCUACAUCUUACGUUACACCUAGCUCUGUGCCAUUGAGCCAGUGGUCGCUCACUAGCCACCCAUAGUCGCUCCCUUAUUCAUACCACACUUUUUGUUCGUUGAGGGACAGUAGUUUGUAGAUAAGACCAGUAUGUAGUUGGGGACAUUGUUUUUGGUAUGUUGUUGUGAUGGUCGUGAGAAACGUGU